UAUAAUAUAUAUAUAUAUAUAUUGAUACUCAACUUUAAUGAUAUGCGAUAAUUUAUCUUCCGGCGGUAAGAACCCCGAUGAAGGGGCUUGGGCAAUCCAAGAUGGCGGUGGAGAGAUACCUCUUGUGGUUCUUCUCCCUGUUAAAUGCGAUAGCUACAUGUGGUGCGGAUCUCUCAUCCGAAGCCUGCCGAGAACUUGGCUUUUCCAGUAACUUACUCUGCAGUUCUUGUGACCUCCUUGGUCAGUUUGGGCUCAACCAACUAGACCCAGACUGCAGACGAUGCUGCCAAGAGGAGGCCCAGCUGGAGCAGAAAAAGUUGUAUGCUGGAGCUGUCCUUGAAGUAUGUGGAUGAAAAUUGGGAAGGUUCCCCCAAGUCCAGGCUUUUGUCAGAAGUGAUAAGCCCAAGAUGUUCAAGGGUCUACAGAUCAAGUAUGUGCGUGGCUCCGACCCUGUGCUAAAGCUGCUGGAUGACAAGGGGGACAUUGCAGAAGAACUGAGCAUUCUCAAAUGGAACACAGAUAGUGUGGAAGAGUUCCUCAGUGAAAAGUUAGAACGUUUAUAAACUACAAAUUGUUACAGGACAGGUUUCCAUGUUGUAUAUCAGUUUAAUAAUUAAGAAACUCCAAUGCCAUACUAGUUAAUGUAAUGACUCAAAAUGAUCAUGUUUAAUUUUACAAUGCACUGAGUAGGUUUAUAACCCUGACUAUCAAUAGAAUUUUCUGGAAUUGGUUAGUUGGUUUCUUUCCAGCACAUCACCAUUUAAUAAAGGUUUUCCUUUUGAAUUAUUAAAUGUACUGUACAUUGUUACUUUUUUGGGUCCAUUAUUACAUUCUGUUGGCUUUAAAUGGCUUUUAUUGGUCGUAUGGUGCCUGCUACUUACUACAGUGGACAAGAUGCAUUCAGGAGCUGCACUUUUGUGAAGGCUAAACAUGAAACCUUUCUGAGGAUAUGUAUAGCCAGAUGUUUUGUGUACUUACUGGUGUUUCUGCUCUGCUGAAGUAGAAGCAGCUUGGAAAGAUGGUAUUGUUUGAAAUUGGAAUGCUGGAAUAAUAAAAGUUAUUUCUGAA